CUACGUAGCAUCAAAGUUCUACAUUAUCUCCUAUCUCACUCUUCACCAGACGUGCCGCGACCGUGGCCUAUCUCUCCGGUCCGGACACCGCUGAAUUCUUGCGCAAGACGUACCUCGCGAUCGCAGUCACAGAGUCGGUGCCGUAAAUGUGACAAUGACAAUGUGCAAUAAAUUUGAUUAGAAAUCAUAUCGUCGCAAAUUUCAAGAGGCUUGAUUACAGUCAUGAAUAGUUCGCUCUCGGAAUCAUACUUGCAGAGAUUUCCUCUCGCGAUCUGGAUUGCUGUUUAUGCGUUUCCCCUUGAUGGAAGAUUCAGUUGAGCGGAUGAACUUGUGCGGAUUGUUUGUGGUCACUACGCCGGAUCGGUAGACAGCGAUGACGAUUCUUCGAGGAUUGUGUCUGAAUGUUUGCGUCAUAGUUUGUCUACUUCAUAGUGGUGGAUGGGCUAGUCCCGUACCAGAAGAACAUUCGAUCAAGAAUUUAGUGCGAAGGCAUGCAAAAGGCAGCGGAGAUCGGCCAAAGGUCAGAAAUGAAGUUGCCGAGUUUCUCGAAAGCGGUCGGAUGAUCAAUGAUUACGUGUGGGUUGAUGUGACGACGAAGAAGUUCGUACCCGUUCCUGGAAACGAUCUGGAGUUCGGAAACUGUUCCGAGUCAGAUGAGUUAAUUUAUUUCGAUAAUACGGUUAUAGAGAACUCUGGGCCGAGCACGCUGAAUGGUACGCUUGAGAUCUAUAUUGAUGCACCAGUUAAUAUUACUUGUGUGCGAGCAAUCGAUCAAAUCAAAGACGGUUUCGGUGCGGUUCCUACCUACAACUCUAUGGGGUCGAAUUGGGCUAAAAUUGAUGUGACCGGUCAGUACGGAAGAGGUUUUCAUUUUCAUAUCUACGUCUACGGCAUCCGACAGAAGAAGGGUAGUUCUGAGAAGGAGAAGGAACGGAAGGACAGCCAAUCUAAUCUGGUUUAAUACAAAUCAAUGCAUUGAAAAUUAUAGUUUAUAAUUUAGUUGCAAAUAAUCUGUAAAUAAACUAGCAUGAUGUUUAAA